AGAGAGGAGAGGGAGAUAGAAAAGAGCCGCACACAGGACCCACUAUCUCUUUGCUUUUUACACCGCACCGUGACGGGACCGCGCGGGGAGGAGGACCGCGCACACACACUGCGCUCACUGUGAGCGGCGCACUGAGCGGAGAGGAGACGAGGAGGACGGACCGCAGGACGCAGCAGGACUCUCAUCGAGCCUCAUCCAGACGACAAACUACAACGGGAGAAAGCAAGCGCUUAGAGAGGGAGCGGUCCUGAGUUGAACAGACUCCACCCUUAACCCAGCCAGUGAACGGAGAGACACCCGAGAGCAUAAAAAUGAGUGGCUCCCACCCCCGCCUCCACCAGAGCGCCGCGCCCGCUCCCAACGCUCUCUCCCCCGACAAGGACGCAGAAAUGCCCGCCACGGAGAAAGACCUGGCCGAGGACGCUCCCUGGAAGAAGAUCCAGCAGAACACCUUCACCCGCUGGUGUAACGAGCACCUGAAAUGCGCAAACAAGCGGCUCGCCAACCUCCAGACGGACCUGGGAGACGGACUGCGGCUCAUCAGUCUCCUGGAGGUCCUGUCCCAGAAGAAGAUGUUCAGAAAGUACAACCAGAGGCCGACCUUCCGUCAGAUGCAGCUGGAGAACGUCUCGGUGGCUUUGGAGUUCCUGGACAAAGAGAAUAUCAAGUUGGUCUCCAUAGAUUCUAAAGCCAUCGUGGAUGGGAACCUGAAGCUGAUCCUGGGUCUGAUCUGGACCCUGAUCCUCCACUACUCCAUCUCCAUGCCCAUGUGGGACGAGGAGGAGGAGGCGGACGACUCCGGCCGCCAGAAGACCCCCAAGCAGCGCCUGCUGGGCUGGAUCCAGAACAAGCUGCCCGAGCUGCCCAUCACCAACUUCAGCAAGGACUGGCAGAGCGGCCGGGCACUGGGGGCACUGGUCGACAGCUGCGCUCCAGGUCUCUGCCCUGACUGGGACCAGUGGGACCAGAGCAAGCCGGUGGACAACGCCCGGGAGGCCAUGCAGCAGGCGGAUGACUGGCUGGGGAUCCCCCAGGUGAUCACUCCAGAGGAGAUCGUUGACCCCAACGUGGACGAGCAUUCGGUCAUGACCUACCUGUCCCAGUUCCCCAAAGCCAAGCUGAAGCCCGGCGCUCCCCUGAGACCCAAGCUCAACCCAAAGAAGGCGCGCGCCUACGGACCAGGCGUGGAGCCCACUGGCAACGUGGUGAUGAAGAAGGCGGUGUUCACCGUGGAAACCAUCAGCGCUGGGAUGGGAGAGGUGCUGGUGUACGUGGAGGACCCCGCGGGACACAGAGAGGAGGCUAAAGUGACGGCCAACAAUGAUAAGAACCGCACCUACUCCGUAUUCUACAUUCCCAAAGUCACUGGAAUGCACAAGGUCACGGUGCUGUUUGCAGGACAGCACAUCUCCAAGAGCCCCUUUGAGGUUGAGGUGGGCAUGGCCCAGGGAGACUCCACCAAGGCCACCGCCCAGGGACCUGGCCUGGAGCUGACGGGCAACAUCGCAAACAAGGCCACCUACUUUGACGUUUACACCGCAGGCGCUGGUGUUGGGGAGGUGGAGGUGGUGAUCAUGGACCCCACCGGGAAGAAGAACACGGUGGAGUGCACCAUCGAGGACAAGGGCAACAGCAGCUACCGCUGCACCUACAAGCCCACCCAGGAGGGCCAGCACAUCGUCUACGUCACCUUCGCCGGGGGGGCCAUCAGCAAGAGCCCCUUCACCGUCACCGUGGGAGAAGCCUGUAACCCUAGCCUGUGCAGGGCCAAGGGCCGCGGGCUGCAGCCCAAGGGCCUCAGGGUGAAGGAGACGGCCGACUUCAAGGUCUACACCAAGGGAGCCGGCACCGGGGAGCUCAAGGUCACCAUCAAGGGCCCCAAGGGUCUUGAGGAGCCGUGCAAGAGGAAGGAUCUGGGAGACGGAGUGUAUGGCUUUGACUACUACCCCACCAACCCCGGGACCUACAGCAUCACCAUCACCUGGGGCGGACAGCACAUCCCUCGCAGCCCCAUCGAGGUGAAGAUCGGGGCGGAGGCGGGGCAGCAGAAGGUGCGGGCCUGGGGCCCCGGGCUGGACGGAGGCGUGGUCGGGAAGUCGGCUGACUUUGUGGUGGAGGCGGUCGGCGACAACGUGGGCACGCUGGGCUUCUCCGUGGAGGGGCCCUCCCAGGCCAAGAUCGAGUGUGACGACAAGGGCGACGGCUCGUGCGACGUGCGCUACUGGCCCACGGAGGCCGGCGAGUACGCCGUGCACGUGCUCUGCAACAGCGAGGACAUCCAGCACUCGCCCUUCAUGGCGGAAAUCGUCAACCCGCCGGGGAAAGACUUCUACCCCGACAAGGUGAAGGCCUUCGGUCCCGGUCUGCAGAGCACUGGGCUGGCUGUGGGGAAACCCACAGAGUUCACCGUCGACGCCAAGCUGGGAGGCAAAGCGCCCCUGAAGAUCGUGGCUCAGGACGGGGAAGGGACCCCCGUGGACGUCCAGAUGAAGGACAACGGCAACGGGACGUACGCCUGCACCUACACCCCCCGCAAGGCCCUGAAGCACACGGUGAUGGUCUCCUGGGGCGGGAUCAACAUCCCGGACAGCCCCUUCAGGAUGACCAUCGGCGCCGGCUGCCACCCCAACAAGGUGAAGGUGUCUGGACCGGGAGUGGCCAAGACCGGCCUCAAGGCCUUCGAGCCCACCUACUUCACGGUGGACUGCGCUGAAGCCGGCCAAGGGGACAUCAGCAUCGGGAUCAAGUGUGCUCCCGGAGUGGUGGGCCCGGCCGAGGCGGACAUCGACUUCGACAUCAUCCGCAACGACAACGACACCUUCACCGUCAAGUACACACCGCCCGGCGCCGGCAGCUACACCAUCAUGGUGCUGUUCGCCGACCAGGCCAUCCCGAUGACCCCCAUCAGGAUCAAGGUGGACCCGUCCCACGACGCCAGCAAGGUGAAGGCGGAGGGGCCCGGACUCAGCCGCAGUGGUGUGGAUCUGAACAAGCCGACCCACUUCACGGUCAACACCAAGGGCGCCGGCAAGGCCAAGCUGGACGUGGCCUUCAGCGGGCCGACCAAAGCCGAGGCCGUCAAGGACUUUGAGAUCAUCAACAACCACGACAACACGCACACUGUGAAGUACACGCCUGUGCAGCAGGGUGCUCUAGGGCUGGCUGUGACCUACGGAGGAGACAACAUCCCCAAGAGCCCCUUCAGCGUGGGCGUGGUGCCCUCGCUGGACCUCAGCAAGAUCCAGGUCACCGGCCUCGGCAACAACAUGACCGUGGGCAAGGACCAGGAGGUGACGGUGAAGUCCAAGGGCGCCGGCGGCCAGGGCAAGGUCGCCGCCAAGGUGACCGGGCCUGCAGGAAAGCCUGUGGCCAGCAAGGUGGAGCCAGGCCUGAGCCCGGAGACCAGCCAGGUGAAGUUCAUCCCCCGGGAGCAGGGGCCGUACCAGGUGGAGCUGACCUACGACGGAGCUCCCAUCCCCGGCUCCCCCUUCAAGCCCACCGCCUACCCGGCCACAGACCCGUCCAAGGUGCGGUGUUCCGGCCCAGGCCUGGAGCGGGCCAAGGUGGGGGAGACGGGGGAGUUCGUGGUGGACUGUACCAACGCCGGGCCUGCCGAGCUGACCAUCGAGAUCAUCUCCGACAGCGGCACCGAGGCGGAGGUCCACAUCCAGGACAACGGGGACGGGACCUACACCAUCACCUACAUCCCGCUCUACCCGGGCUCCUACACGCUGACCAUCCGCUACGGGGGCCAGGACGUGCCCAACUUCCCCGCACGCCUCAACGUGGAGCCGGCCGUGGACGCCAGCGGCGUGCGCGUCUUCGGGCCCGGAGUCGAGGGCAAAGGCGUGUUCCGCGAGGCCACCACAGACUUCACGGUGGACGCCCGUGCGCUCACGCAGAAGGGCGGCGACCACAUCAAGACCCUGAUCAGCAACCCAUCAGGCAGCCGGACGGACGCCCUGGUCAGGGACCUGGGAGACGGGACCUACAGCGUGGAGUACACGCCCUACGAGGAGGGACCCCACAGCGUGGAGGUGGCCUACGACGGCAGUCCGGUUCCCAAGAGCCCGUUCCGCGUGGCGGUCUCGGAGGGCUGUGACCCGGGGCGCGUGCGUGUGCACGGCCCGGGGCUGAAGGGGGGCAUCACCAACAAGGCCAACAAGUUCACCGUGGAGACCCGCGGGGCCGGCACCGGGGGGCUCGGCCUGGCCGUGGAGGGGCCCUCGGAGGCCAAGAUGUCGUGCACCGAUAACAAGGACGGCAGCUGCAGCGUGGAGUACAUCCCCUACGAGGCGGGCACCUACAACCUGAACAUCACCUACGGCGGCCAGCCCAUCACUGGGAGCCCGUUCUCCGUGCCGGUCAGCGACACAGUGGACAGCACCAAGGUGAAGUGCCAGGGGCCCGGCCUGGGGGCCAACGUCAGGGCCAACGUGCCUCAGGCCUUCACCGUGGACGCCUCCAAGGCGGGCGUGGCCCCGCUGCAGGUCCGCGUGCAGGGACCCAAGGGUAAGGGCCCCCGCAGGGUAGGGGUCCCCCAGGACACCCGUGCGUGUGCGUGUGCGUGUGUGUGGUUGAUGACUCUCGUGUGUGUGUGUGUAGGUCUGGUGGAGCCCGUAGAGCUGGUGGAUAAUGGGGACCAGACUCACACCGUCAACUACGUCCCCACAAAGGAGGGGCCGUACUCCAUCAACGUGCUCUAUGCCGAUGAGGAGAUCCCCCGCAGCCCCUACAAGGUGAAGGUGCUGCCCACCCACGACGCCAGCAAGGUGCGUGCCAGCGGGCCGGGCCUCAACACCACCGGGGUGCCCGCCUCGCUGCCCGUAGAGUUCACCAUCGACGCCAAGGACGCCGGAGAGGGCCUGCUGGCCGUGCAGAUCACGGACCCAGAGGGCAAGCCCAAGAAGGCCAACAUCCGGGACAACCAGGACGGGACGUACCUUGUGUCCUACGUCCCGGACAUGACGGGCCGCUACACCAUCCUCAUCAAGUACGGCGGGGACGAGAUCCCCUACUCGCCCUAUCGCAUCCGCGCCCUGCCCACCGGGGACGCCAGCAAGUGCAGCGUCACAGGCGCGGGCGUGGGGCCCACCAUCCAGAUCGGAGAGCAGACGGUGAUCACGGUGGACGCCAAGGCGGCGGGGAAGGGCAAGGUGACGUGCAGCGUGUGCACGCCGGAGGGGGUGGAGCUGGACGUGGACGUGGUGGAGAACGAGGACGGCACCUUCGACAUCUUCUACACGGCGCCGCAGCCCGGGGAGUACGUGAUCUGCGUGCGCUUCGGCGGCGAGCACAUUCCCAACAGCCCCUUCCAAGUGACGGCGCUGGAAGGUGCGCCGUCAGACCAGUGCAUUCAGACGAGCCAAAUGCCCCAGUACUACGUUCCACAAUCCUGGGCCACCGACCGACCCCUGGGCAUGAAUGGCAUGGAUGUGGCCGGCCUGAGGCCCUUCGACCUGGUCAUCCCCUUCACCAUCCAGAAGGGAGAGAUCACCGGAGAUGUCCGCAUGCCGUCCGGCAAGGUGGCCAAGCCCGACAUCGCCGACAACAAGGACGGCACGGUCACGGUGAAGUACGCCCCGGUGGAGGCCGGGCUUCAUGAGAUGGACAUCAAGUACGACGGGAUCCACAUCCCCGGGAGCCCGCUGCAGUUCUACGUGGACUACAUGAACAGCGGUAACGUCAGCGCCUACGGGCCGGGCCUCAUCCACGGGACGGUCAACAAGCCCGCCGUCUUCACGGUCAACACCAAGGACGCAGGAGAGGGUGGGCUGUCCCUGGCCAUCGAGGGGCCAUCCAAGGCAGACAUCAGCUGCGUGGACAACCAGGACGGGACCUGCACCGUGUCCUACCUGCCCGUCCUGCCGGGAGACUACAGCAUCCUGGUGAAGUACAACGACAAGCACAUCCCCGGGAGCCCCUUCGCCGCCAGGAUCACUGGGGACGAUUCCUUGAGGAUGUCUCAACUGAAGGUGGGCUCGUCCGCUGACAUCCCGUUGGACAUCGGCGACCUGGACCUGAGUCAGCUGACGGCAUCUCUGACCACGCCCUCUGGCCGCGAGGAGCCCUGCCUGCUGAAGAUGCUCCGCGACGGACAUGUUGGCAUCUCGUUCUUCCCCAAGGAGAUCGGCGAGCACCUGGUGAACAUCAAGAAGAGCGGCCGCCACAUCCCGAGCAGCCCCAUCGCCGUGAUGAUCAGCCAGUCGGAGAUCGGCGACGCCAGCCGCGUGCGCGUCAGCGGCCAGGGCCUGAGCGAGGCCCGCACCUUCGAGCCCGCCCAGUUCAUCAUCGACACGCGCAACGCAGGCUACGGGGGUCUGAGUCUGUCCAUCGAGGGCCCCAGUAAGGUGGACAUCAACACGGAGGACCAGGAGGACGGGACCUGCAAGGUGACCUACUGCCCCACCGAGCCGGGGAACUACAUCAUCAACAUCAAGUUCGCAGACCAGCAUGUUCCAGGAAGUGCGUUCACAGUCAAGGUGACGGGCGAGGGCCGGAUGAAGGAGAGCAUCACGAGGAAGAGGAGAGCGGCAUCGGUAGCCAACGUGGGCAGCCAGUGUGACCUCAGCCUCAAGAUCCCAGAGAUCAGCAUAGCCGACAUGACGGCGCAGGUGACCAGUCCCUCGGGACAGGUGCACAAGGCGGACAUCAUGGAGGGGGAGAACAACACCUACUGCAUCCGCUUCGUGCCCACGGAGACCGGCGUGCACACGGUGUGCGUCAAGUACAACGGCUCCCACGUGCCCGGCAGCCCCUUCCAGUUCACCGUGGGGCCCCUGGGAGAGGGGGGCGCCCACAAGGUGCGGGCCGGGGGGCCGGGUCUGGAGCGAGCCGAGGCUGGGGUACCAGCCGAGUUCAGCAUCUGGACCAGAGAGGCGGGCGCCGGGGGCCUCAGCAUCGCGGUGGAGGGGCCCAGCAAGGCGGAGAUCGCCUUUGAGGACCGCAAAGACGGGUCCAGUGGAGUGUCCUACAUCGUGCAGGAACCUGGUGACUACGAGGUGUCCAUCCGCUUCAACGACGAGCACAUCCCCGACAGCCCCUUUGUGGUGCCUGUGGCCUCGCCCUCGGACGACGCCCGCCGCCUCACUGUUGCCAGUCUUCAGGAGUCGGGCCUGAAGGUGAACCAGCCGGCGUCGUUCGCCGUCAGCCUGAACGGCGCCAAGGGCGUGAUCGACGCCAAGGUCCACAGCCCGUCCGGAGCGCUGGAGGAGUGCUGCGUCACCGAGAUCGACCAAGAUAAGUACGCAGUGCGGUUUAUCCCCAGAGAGAACGGCCUGUAUCUCAUCGACGUCAAGUUCAACGGCAGCCACAUCCCCGGCAGUCCCUUCAAGAUCCGCGUGGGGGAGACGGGGCAGGCCGGAGACCCGGGCAUGGUGUCGGCCUACGGAGCCGGCCUGGAGGGGGGCACCACAGGCACUGCUUGUGAAUUUGUGGUGAACACCAGUAACGCGGGCCCCGGGGCCCUGGCGGUGACGAUCGACGGGCCCUCCAAGGUGAAGAUGGACUGUGUGGAGUGUUCAGAGGGCUACCGGGUGACCUACACCCCCAUGGCCCCUGGCAACUAUCUCAUCUCCAUCAAAUACGGCGGGCCCUACCACAUCGGAGGCAGCCCCUUCAAGGCCAAGAUCACCGGUUCCAAGUUGGUGUCCAGUCACAGCAUGCAUGAGACCUCCUCCGUGAUGGUGGACCCCGUGACCCGCGCCAUCAGUGGCACCCAGCAGGGGGUCCCCCCUAAAUCGGACGCCACCAAGGUGGUGGCCAAGGGCGUCGGGCUCACCAAGGCCUACGUCGGACAGAAGAACAGCUUCAGUGUGGACUGCAGCAAAGCAGGGCGGAACAUGCUUCUGGUCGGGGUGGACGGCCCCAAGGUGCCCUGUGAGGAGAUCCUGGUCAAACAUCUGGGUAACCGGAUGUACAACGUCAGCUACCAGCUGAAGGACAAGGGGGAGUACGUCCUGGUGGUCAAGUGGGGAGACGACCACAUCCCCGGCAGCCCCUACCACAUCACCGUCUGACACCACCCACUGCACCACUCAUUCCCAGCAACUGAAAUCCUUCAUUAUAUUAUAUAACUAUCAUUGCCUGUGAUAUUGCUGUUUACAAAUUCUUUGCCUCUUGUGUUAACGUUGAAAUACCAGGAUUCCCAGUUUCGUCAAACUCGCCUGUGUCGUGGUUUGCACAAAUUCAGUGUUUGCUGUUCGGCAAAACAAGGCGCGUUCCGGUGAUGCGUCGUCUGUUUUGAGCGUUGCGUAGCCGCUACAAGGGUUCCUGUACGGCGAGGGGAACUCAGUGAGUUGGCGUAGCCAAAACACUGAGCCGCUUUCCAAGAAGUCCCUCAGUCGGAACGCGCCUAAUCGAAAUAUUUGGAAUUCAGAUAUCCCCUACUGCCAUUUUUAUUUUUAUUUUUUACAAAAAAAGGGUAUCCUUUCACACUGAAUAUUAUCACUACAUGUGGCACCUCUAUCAUCCUCUACAUCCCUAUCCAAAUCAUGUCCCCAUGUCGUCACGUGUUCAAACAUGGACAAUGUCAAUGGUUAUUCCUAGCGCUGUGGUUUAGUAAAUACAGUGGUGGCCUGAAUCCAGUCAGUGUGUUGAUUGUAAUGCUCGCCAACUUGCUCCCUCAUGUUUAAUCUGCUGCUAGUGUGAUCCAUUUAGGCACUCCUAUUUUGAAACUUUAACUCAUGAUAAGAUUGAGGAAAGGUCUACUGGCAAAGGAAGGGUGUGUGUAAAGUAUUGCGUGGAGCGCAGGGGUGUGGCUCUCCAUGUCGCUGGCUGGAGCCGAGGUUCUGAGGACAACAAAGUGUUUAGAGUAGCGUCCAGGCCUUAUGCUUCCUACACCUGCCUGACACUGAUUAGGUUUCAGGAUGUUCUUUCUCACAGGAUCCAGAAGUAUUCUAUGCUGCCUUGUUUUACAGCUCGCACACAGGGAAUGGAAACACCUGAAGACUAGAGGAACUGAGCGGAAAUAAGAAAGUUGAAGGCUUUCCAUGUCUUACUGUUUCAUACAGACAUGUUGGUUUGGGUACAACAGAAGGGACAUUUCUAGAGAGGGGCUUUGCAGGAGGAUAUUUGUUGUGAAAUUGAAUCACCUGAAGAGAGGGACCUUAACAAGAAAUGAGAACAAAUGUUGCUUAGUUUUUCCUGCACCCAUUCCGCUGCCACGCCCUUUUUCUUUGGCUUUGUGUGUACUCAGUAUUUUUGAAAAACAAAUUGAAUCGUCUUGAAAAAAUAAUGGGCUUUUAAAGUGUUUGUAAGACAGUAUUUUGAUAAACAAUAAAGUUGUCUACGUA